GAAGCAUAAAUAUUUGUAUAGAUAGAAAGAGCUGUGAUUAAAUAAUAAAAAUAAGGAUUAGUCUUAAAGUUUCUGAAAAUAUGGAGCGAAUACUGCGUGGAAUUAUGCGUUACCGUAAUACUACACGCGAACAAACGGUAAAAGAAUUCCAAAGAGUACGCGAUAAUCUUGAGCCAAAGGCAGUCUUUUUUACACGUAUGGAUAGUAGGAUGAUACCCACUACCUAAUAAUACACCUUAUGCGGUUGAGAAAUAAACACCAGCAGCCACAAAUAAUACGGGGCCAGGGUAAUAUAACGGGGAAAAUUUAAAGUAGAUUUCGUGUUCGCUGGAACAACAACGAAAUCGAUAACCAACAAACUCUAAAUCAAACUAUGGAAUUAAGUUUGAAUACAGCUCACGAGCGUGCCAAGGAAUUGAAAAAAGCUUUUAGAUAAGCGAAAUACUCGAUAUAUAAAAUCCC